AGGCGCCAGAGACCCAGGGGCAAGCGGUUUGGGUGUUUGCUCUGCCUUCCCUGAUGGCUCCAAGGUUACACAUUAACCCCUGUGGGGCUCCUGGGUCAACCAAGUCCCGAUCGGUUUCUAGGUGAGAGCACGAGUGUCCCGGGUGAGCGGCUUUCCCCCUCUGCCUUUCUCCCCUUUGCUCACGGGGCAGUGUUGUCCACCAGCCAACACCAGCCUGAGCCAGCGACCGAGAGGCCCUCAUGGGGCCAUUCCAGUGGUCAUUCCACAUGGGCAGGUUUGGGCACCCUUUCGAGAGGCGGGGUGGGAGCAGAAGAUAAACACCUCUUUCCUCACAUUCCUCACCCAUUCCGAAAUAGGGACGCUAUCCCUUAGCUAAUCAUCAUCCUUCUGCUCCUUACCUGAGCUUUUAUAGAGCUCGUGAAGAGCAAGAGGCGCCAGGGAGACACCUGGAAUUAAACUCACUUCCGGUCAAGAUCCUAGACAAUCAUACUAACCAGCCUCCUGCCUCUGGGCAGAAGCCUUGAACCCGUAUAUCAGCCAAAAGGCUGUCUGUCCUCCUCUCCCUAACCCUCAGAUAGUGGUCCACUUUCCUCCCAUCUUCCCCCAAGGAGGUUCGCCCUAGUUGGGCGUUGAAGGCAGAUUAUCCUGCGGCAGCGUUGUGUGUGCAUGGGGGGGUUGAGGGUGUGGAUGAGCGCGGUGCUCACUAGUCGGGACAGCCUGGAGACCGUGUCACGUCCUCCCUGGGUGAAUCAACUUGCACAGCUAGGGGUUUCCCCGGUCCCUCCCUAGGCAAACACGAAACUCACCCUGCUCCCUGACCCACAGACCGAGAGCAAUGACGCUCUAGGUUCAGUUUUGGUAGUGUUUACCGUUUGCGUGCCAAUGAGAAUCUGCUCCUUCCUCCGAAACAGUGUCACUAGUGGGCAAAGAGAGGGGCAGAGAGAGGUCGGUCCUCGCUUCCCACCCUCACUCGCCUGCGUGGGACACCCAUCCGGUCUAAGGAAGCUUUGCGAGGGCCAGAUGCGGCCACGUGUGUGGAAACUGGCUGGUACGGUGCCGGCCAUUGCGGAGCGCGCAAAGAAAUGGCAUAUCGCCCCAUUCCUUGGACCCUGGAAAAGAGACUGCGGAUAGAGGAUGCAGAGAAGGAUUGUGCACCUGUGCCUGCGUAAGGCUGACCAGAAGCUGGUGAUCAUCAAGCAGAUCCCAGUGGAGCAGAUGACCAAGGAAGAGCGGCAGGCAGCUCAAAAUGAGUGCCAGGUCCUCAAGCUGCUCAACCACCCCAAUGUCAUCGAGUACUAUGAGAACUUCCUAGAGGACAAGGCCCUCAUGAUCGCCAUGGAAUACGCUCCAGGUGGCACCCUGGCUGAGUUCAUCCAAAAGCGCUGUAACUCCCUGCUGGAGGAGGAGACCAUCCUGCACUUCUUUGUGCAGAUCCUGCUCGCACUGCAUCACGUGCACACUCACCUCAUCCUGCACCGGGACCUCAAGACCCAAAACAUCCUUCUUGACAAACAUCGCAUGGUCGUCAAGAUCGGCGACUUUGGCAUCUCCAAGAUCCUUAGCAGCAAGAGCAAGGCCUACACGGUGGUGGGUACUCCGUGCUACAUCUCCCCUGAACUGUGUGAGGGCAAGCCCUACAACCAGAAGAGUGACAUCUGGGCCCUGGGCUGCGUCCUCUAUGAGUUGGCCAGCCUCAAGAGGGCCUUCGAGGCUGCGAACCUGCCAGCACUGGUACUGAAGAUCAUGAGCGGCACCUUUGCACCCAUCUCUGACCGGUACAGCCCUGAGCUGCGCCAGCUUGUCUUGAGUCUGCUCAGCCUGGAGCCCGCACAUCGGCCACCGCUCAGCCACAUCAUGGCACAGCCCCUCUGCAUCCGUGCCCUCCUCAACCUCCACACGGACUUGGGCAGCAUCCGCAUGCGGAGGGCAGAGAAGUCCCUGGCCACCGGACCACCCAUGGUUCCAGGCAGCACAGGGAGCAGGACCACCAGUGCCCGCUGCAGGGGUAAGUCGGGCCGACCGCUGGGUCCCCGUGGAAGCCACGCCAUUCCCACCAGUUUAACAGGCCUGAUGAGCUGUCCUCGCAGGCGUCCCCCGGGGACCUGCACGGCCGGCCAUUCCGCCGCCGCUGUCGUCGGUGUACGCGUGGGGUGGUGGGCUCAGCGCCCCGCUGCGGCUGCCAAUGCUCAACACAGAGGUGGUCCAGGUGGCAGCCGGGCGCACGCAGAAAGCUGGCGUCACGCGCUCUGGGCGCCUCAUCCUGUGGGAGGCCCCGCCCCUAGGCGCCGGAGGGGGGGCCCUCCUCCCGGGGGCGGUGGAGCAGCAGCAACCCCAGUUCAUCUCGCGUUUCCUGGAGGGCCAGUCAGGCGUGACCAUCAAGCAUGUGGCCUGCGGGGACCUCUUCACGGCCUGCCUGACCGGCUGGACUGGUCUGCCUGGAGAAAGAGCCUAACCUCUUUCCCUUCUGUUUCCUCACUGCCUGCCUCCCCAGACCGAGGCAUCAUCAUGACCUUUGGCAGCGGCAGCAAUGGGUGCCUAGGCCACGGCAGCCUCAAUGACAUCAGCCAGCCCACCAUUGUGGAGGCCCUACUGGGCUAUGAGAUGGUGCAGGUGGCCUGUGGGGCCUCUCACGUGCUGGCCCUGUCUACUGAGCGAGAACUGUUUGCCUGGGGCCGUGGAGAUGGUGGCCGGCUGGGACUAGGCAGCAGGGAGUCCUACAGCUGCCCCCAGCAGGUGCCCAUGCCCCUAGGACAGGAAGCCCAGCGGGUUGUAUGUGGCAUUGACUCCUCCAUGAUCCUCACUGUGCCUGGCGGAGCCCUGGCCUGUGGGAGCAACAGGUUCAACAAGCUGGGCCUGGACCACCUCUCCCUGGGGGAGGAGCCUGCCCUCCACCAGCAAGUGGAGGAGGCCCUGAGCUUCACACCACUAGGUUCUGCACCCCUGGACCAGGAGCCCCUGCUGAGUGUGGACCUGGGCACUGCUCAUUCAGCUGCUGUGACUACUUCUGGUGACUGCUACACUUUCGGCAGCAAUCAGCAUGGGCAGUUGGGAACCAAUGCUCGCCGGGUCAGCCGGGCACCUUGUCAAGUCCAAGGCCUCCAGGGCAUCAAGAUAGCGAUGGUGGCCUGUGGGGAUGCCUUCACUGUAGCCAUUGGGGCAGAAGGUGAAGUGUACUCUUGGGGUAAAGGGGCGCGAGGUCGACUGGGAAGGAGGGAUGAGGAUGCUGGACUCCCUCGGCCAGUGCAGCUGGAUGAGACACACCCCUACACAGUGACCUCUGUCUCAUGUUGCCAUGGAAACACUCUCUUGGCUGUUCGUCCUGUCACAGAUGAGCCAGUCCCCCCCUGAGGCACCUGGAUACACCUCCAGACCACCCUGAUAUUGCUUCUUUGAACAUUCCUGAAAAGUGCAAGUGCCUGAGGCAUGACUGUCCCGACCAGCCCCCUGGAUUGUGUCAUCAAGGGCAUAUAAGAACCAGUGAAGCCCCUGCUCUGCUUUUGGCCCUGGAUAUGUAAAACUCAACCCACCCUAUUCCCCCAACACCUCUCUUUUCCUUCCCCACUCCUUCUCCUCUUAAGUCAGUGUCGUACCUGGGGUCCAGCCUGGCUAGAGUUGGAAGCCAGACCUAACAUUUGGAAACAGGGUGGUCUCCAGAGCCUUGGCAGAAAAAGGCUGGAAGUGGCUGUGGCUCCACCCAGACCUGCCCCUUCCUCCAGCCCAGUUAGAAAAUAAGUCUCUGGUGCCCAGUGGGAGAGCAGCUCAGUGCGUUGGAGCAGGGCAAGUCCGGGCCUGCCUGGACUGGCCAUUCCAGUGGCCUAGCCUCUGCAUUGCAUGAGGCAAGGAGGUCCAAGGGAGCGCUGCCACCCACCCCCACUCCUAUAUCCUGAAGAAGGGAUUUGCACAACUUGUGAGUGCCUCCCUUCCCCUGGGGGAGCUCAUCGGCCCGCAGUGUACUGCAGAGGGGAUCCCUGCUGAAAGUUGCCCCUCACCCCACGCCAUUCCCCCAAAGCAGGUUGGGGGAAAGGGUAGCUGCCUGGACCAGACAAGUUUCUCAGAUAACAGGGAAGUAGCGCCAAUAAAAACAUCGGCUGCCUG